AUAUUUCUUGGUCCACUUAUUUCUCAUUCUGUUAACUAAGAUAGUUUAGUUCAGUUCAGCGCCCGUGAUAUAGACGCGUGGUGGUUGCAAGUAAUUAUUGCUACGCGGCACGUAACGUUAUGGGUUCCCUUGCAAUUUGUAACCCGGCUCCGAAAGGUUCCUUUUUUUCUUGGAGAAUAUUGCACCUAGCUAGUUGCAUGUCUGACAGCUCUCUUAUUUACACGUGGUAUCAUGUGUAUUUGAAAUACACGUGCGGGGAUUAAUUUUUUUUAAACAAGAGACGUUGUUUUCGGAAAAGUUGGACGGUUGGAACUGAACACGCUGAACCCUCCUGUAUCCUCUUCCGUCUUCCGCUGGUUGAGUGCAGAUCCACGCACCUUCUGAAGGUAGAGCUAAAUACAUGUGUUCAGAAAACAUACAAGUCUGGGAUACUGGAUACUGUGACAAAUAUUAACACGAAAAUGGACAUCCUUGAAGAAAUUUACGAGAUAAAGAAAACUUGUGAUUUCAUAAAGAAUAAUAAUUUUGAUAAGGUUGCCCUACAAUUCCCUGAUGACUUGCUGGUGGACUCAGUACAGAUGGCUUCAGAAAUUGAGAGGGAAACGGAGGCAAAACUAUACAUCCUGGGAGACACAUCAUAUGGCAGCUGCUGUGUAGAUGAGGUGGCAGCAGAGCAUGUUGGGGCCCAAUGUAUUAUACACUAUGGAAGGGCUUGUCUCAGUCCUGCAAGGAGGCUUCCACUGAUGUACGUGUUUGGGAAGAGACCUGUGGACCUACAGAAAUGUGCAUCCUCCUUCAACAAUCUGUAUCCUGACAGACAAAGCCAUAUUAUCAUCCUAUAUGAUGUAACCUAUUGCCAUAUCAUAGAUGACCUCUUGGAAGUCCUGUCCCCUCAGUAUCCAAAUGUGGUGAAGUCUACUCUUCGUGUCGAUGGGAAUCAGUGUUAUAUUCUGAGAUCAUUACAUGGUCAGCACGUUGACUCUGAAAGUACACCAACACGUUCACACCACGAUGGACACAAGUACAUUCAUAAAUUUGGCCGAGAGUUCAUCUUGAAAGAAGGAUAUAAGGUGGAGGACUAUAGUAUGUUCUACAUAGGACAAGAGGGUGCAACACUAACUAACUUCAUGAUGACCUGGAACCAUUGCUCUUUCAGUUCGUUUGACCCUGUGACCUCAGUGUGGCGGAGAGAGACGGUCAACAUCAACCGUGCACUGAUGAAGCGCUACUACUUGAUUGAGAGGGCAAGGGAUGCAGAUGUGGUUGGUAUCCUGGUUGGCACUCUUGGUGUAGCCAGUUACCUUAAGAUUAUUGACCAACUGAAAAAUACCGUUCGCAAGGCAGGGAAAAAAAUCUACGUGUUUGCCAUGGGGAAAUUGAAUGUUCCUAAAUUGGCCAACUUCCUUGAGAUCGACAUCUAUAUCCUGGUUGCUUGCCCAGAGAGUUCUCUUCUGGACUCCAGUGAGUUUUACCGGCCUGUGGUUACGCCCUUUGAGAUGGAGGUGGCUUGUAACAAGCACCAGGAGUGGACCGGACAGUAUGUAACUGACUUCAGGGAUCUACUGCCAGGGGCUUGCAGUCACGUGAACUUUCCCAGUCCAGAAGCGGAUGAGAAUGAUGGGGAGGAAGUGGAUGUCUCUCUCAUUACUGGGUCUCUUCGGUCCACUUAUUUCUCCUCUUCAUUGCCUGUUGAUGAUGAUACCUCUGUGGUCCAGAGAAACAAGACUCUCACAGUGGCCCACAAUAACUCUGCAGCCUCUUUCCUGCAGGGUCGUACCUGGCAGGGAUUGGAACAGAAACUGGGAAAAACAGCAGUUGUAAAAGCAGUGGAGGGCAGAAGGGGUAUUGCCAUUGCCUAUGAAGAAGAAGGGAAGAACUGAUACAGACACUGGUAUACGGAAUGUGAUUUUCUGUAAUGCAAUGUUUAGAAAUACAGCUAUGAUGGAUUACAUUUUUCCAUGUACAAGGACAGAUUCAGUUAGUGAACACCCAAACCUCCAUUGAUUUCCUAGAUGAAAAUUCCUGUUGUGUUCAAAUAAAUAGCCGUGCGUUAAAUACAGUGAAAUGUAGUGGAAACAUUACACAUUCAAUUCCAAAUUAAAGCAUUACCAUAUUUUAUCAA